GAACACAUUCCCGGCUUGUUCUAGCUAACAAGAUAUUUUACCAGCAUUGUCCCAGAGUGUCACUUCAUCCUUCCGGUCUUACUUGUCGGAUUUCAUGGGCGGUCGAGACCCACUCGCACCAUCUACAAACAUGCCCGCCUGGACAUCUGUGGGCGCCAAUGCUGCCAUGCUUCCGAUUCUCCGGUUCCCCGCACCAAAAGCCAGUGAGGCAGUGUAUCAACCAGUAAUGGAAUCAAGACACCCAUCAUUGACACGAUGUCGUAAAUGGGAUAACGUGGGAUAUCAGUAUGCGCCCGUUGACGAUGCCGCGACUGUAGCCGCGCGGAAGCGAGACUCCGCCGGCCUCACCAAAACGGUGGUCGUCGUAACCAUGGCUUUACUGGUCACCAUUGUGAUCAUUGAAGCAUGCUUGAUAGUUGGAAGCUUACUACUUCGGCAACGCUUGCAGCGGAUCCACCGUGCGGUCGAGUUCGAUGAAGCGGAAAUGUCCAGCGCGGUGAAAACUCUGAAGAAGAAUCAGAGUAUGCUCAUGAAAUCUGGGGCCGCGGACGAGACUCAAGUGGGAUUGGUGAGCAAGCUGGCUAGUGCUGUUUCCAAGAGGAAGCAGAGUAUAUAUGAGGAAGAGCGACCAGAUCCUGUAUUAGUGGAAUGUCGUAGUGUGACUUACAGAGCAGGGGACUCUGUCCAUGGGAAAAGAUUGUUAGAUGAUGUGACUAUCGCCUGUAGACCUGGAUCCGUAACUGCGAUCAUGGGACCGAGUGGGGCUGGCAAGACUACCCUAUUGAGUCUCUUGACACGAAGGCUCAAGGCAGGCGCAGGUGUUGAAGAGCGCAUUCUGUAUCGCCGUAGACCUUUGUCACAUAUUACUGCCCAGAAGUUCCGCGCAAUGACCGGCUUUGUUGCGCAACACGAUGCGCCAUACUAUGGGUUGACCGUGCGCGAAGUCAUGAUGUUCAACGCAAUGCUUGAGCUCCCUCCAACGAUCCCCAAUAUCGAAAAAGUUCGCCGAGUUCAUCGCCUGCUGCGAUUGCUGAAUCUGCUUCCAUGCGCAGAUGUUGUAAUUCAACGGCCGGAGGCAAACAAAGGUGGAAUAUCUGGUGGUCAAAUGAGGAGGUUAUCCAUCGCAGUGGCCAUGCUGAAAAGACCUAGCGUGAUCUUCCUCGAUGAGCCUACGUCGGGCCUAGACGCCAAAUCCUCCCUUGAUGUUGCCAAGGCCAUGAGCGAAUUGGGUUCUCAAGGUUACACUGUCAUCUGCUCUAUUCAUCAGCCGCGACCGGAGAUGUUUGCGCUUUUCGAUCAAGUGACUGUUUUGGUGCAUGGUCGGCUGCUCUUUUCCGGGCCACCAGAUGAGUCGGUGGAGCAUUUCAAGAAGUUGCGCACACGGCUCGAGGCUCGGGAAGCUGGAACCGACAAUGUCAUCGAAGACGCCGCCGUUCAUCGCCAAGGAACUUCCGUUGUGGGGAGCGACAUUGUCUCAAGAGAAGAUGGCGAGGGCGCUGACCGCGCCAAUCCUGCCGAUCUGGUGUUGGACGUCGCGAGUACAAUCAAACCGAUUGAUUCCGCUUGGGCUGCACGGCAAUGGUUUCCUCUUGACGUGAUUGAUGAGGAAGAAGCAAAUACUGCCGCCAAGGUGUCGGAAGGGAGACCGCCAGUGCAACCAACGGCCAUCGAUGUCGGAUCAGUGGAGGAUAUGACAUCCCGAUCGCCGCAGCCGGCAAAUGGCCGUGUUUCGACCACACGGAACACCGAUAUCUUCAAUGAAACGCUGGAGGUUGCAAAGAAAUGGACGGUUGUGGAGGGCGGCAGGGUGUUUGUUCCCCUGCAAGGCGCCACUCGACGAGCCUCGGAGCCCUUGCUCCGUGCGACGUCCGGGGCCAACGGAGUUUUCAUUUUGAAGCCAGAUUGGCAGGACCGCCUAGAGAUAGGCACUACCAUGCGAUCUUUCGCGAUGGACGCUAACUCACCCAGUGCGGAUGGAGAACGGAGUGUGAUCGAACCGUCCACAAGUACGUCGCAGUCUCUUGAUCUCCUCAGUUAUAACAAGGACGCGAAAGCCAUCAAGAAGGUGGCACCUCCCCGGCCGUCUGUAGCACUCCAGGUUCUCAUCGUCACGGGCAGAUGGUGGGCGACACGGCCGAUUCUUCGGAAAUUCAAUAUGAUGAUUGUUUCCGCCUGUGGAGUGCUGAUUCUGUCGCUUUUGCAACGCCGUCCUGGCACAGAUGUGCUCUCAUUGGUCCUUCAAACGAAGGGAUUGGCAUUGGCAUGCAUCGGUUUGCCCGCCCUGAAGAACAUCCACAUCUCGUUCGAUUACUACGAUGAUCGCGACAUAUACAACUUCGAUUCGCAAAAUGGUACCGUUGCCGCAAUAACAUUCUUCGUCCACCGCCUCGUGUACGAGACCGCCAAUGCGACAAUGGAAGGCUUCAUCGCCGUCAUCUCCGCCUACUUCAUUCUCGGCUGCAACCCUGACCCCAUUCGCAUCGGCACGGCCAUGAUCCUAUUCGUCGUCUAUUACAACUGCACAACCACGCUCUUCACCCUCGUGUAUUGCACCCGGCUCGCAAGGCCGGAAGCGCGAAGCGUCGCCUUCUUCAGUCAGGCAGUUUUGGCCAUCGUCAGUGGCAUUUGGAUCAAGAAGGGGGACGCGGCCAUCUAUGAUGGUAUCGCGUGGGCGCAGUACCUCAACCCAACAUACUGGGCUCUCUCAGCUCUGGUGCGCACCAAUGCGGCCGAUACAGGCGAAUGCAUCCUGCGCAAGGAGGGUGUUUGUCAAGCGACGGUGGGAGAUGUCAUCGCUGAGGAGGCCAGAGCAGAUCGCAUCAGCCCUCGCUCUGGACUGUUUGCGCUAGGCAUCAUUUGGGCAACGAUGCGAUGCAUUCAGUUGAUUUUACUCUAUCGCGACGCAUACUGGGACACGUUCUACACGGGCGUGAAACAGUCUAUCUCCGACUGGCUCAAGAAGCAAAUGACCGAUCCUGAAAAUCAAGCAACGGCGGGCACACAAACGGGUGCUUCUUUGGAAGCCAUGCCGGAUCUCUAUCCGAUUGGGAAGAAGGGCAACGUAGAUCGAGAGUCUGGGAUGGCUUAGUACUUUCUAUUCCCCUACACCGUACAGAUCGCUGUAG